UUUCUCACCACUCUCCUAAAUCCAACACCAGUCCACCAAGAACCACUCCAAGAAAAGCCACAAGCCAUGCCCAUUUUCAAGAAUCCCACCGCUUUUUCCACCGUCUUCUUCUACAUCUCCGCCACCAUCUUCUCCCUCUUCAUCGCCUCCCCGGACUCCAACUUCUUCAGCUUCAUGUCACCGCCGCCGCCGGGCCCCACCCUGGCCACCCCGUACGACGGCGGGCAAUGGAUUCUCCUCCACGAAAACAUCGGCGUCUCGGCAAUGCACAUGCAGCUCCUGAAGAACAACAAGGUCAUUCUCUUUGACCGUACAGACAUGGGGCCCUCCAACGCCACGUACUCUAACGGCGCCGCCGUCGACCAGUGCCGCAACUACACAGUCCACAACCGCACCGUAACUGACUGCACUCCUCACUCUCUCCUAUACGACGUCGCUUCCGAAACCUUCCGCGCUCUGGUCGUUAACUCCGACACGUGGUGCUCGUCUGGCGCGGUGGACCCCAACGGCGUGCUAGUCCAGACCGGCGGUUACGGCACCGGGAUUCAAGCCAUCAGGAACUUCACUCCGUGCGACGACGACACGUGUCAGUGGGACGAGCUGGAUGUGCCGCUUUUGGCGCACAGGUGGUACGCGACAAACCAGAUUCUCCCUGACGGCCGCGUCAUCAUCGUCGGCGGGAGGCGGGCCUUCAGCUACGAGUUCUACCCCAAGGAGGACCACGUGUCGUCCAAGCUUUACCACAUGAGAUUCCUGUGGGACACGACGGACCCUUACGAGGAGAACAAUCUUUAUCCCUUCUUGCAUCUCUUGCCGGACGGCAACCUCUUCAUUUUCGCCAACAACCGGUCAAUUCUGUUUGACUACAACAACAACACCGUCGUCAGGGAGAUUCCGGCGAUGCCCGGCGGAGUCAAGCGGUCCUAUCCGGCCACCGGGUCGUCGGUGCUUCUGCCACUAAAGAUGAGCGGGUCGGGUCAGCCCGAAGUCGAGGUCUUGAUUUGCGGCGGGUCGUACGGCGGCGCCUACAACAAGUCGAAUCUGAAUAAGGUGAAGGAGUACGUCGGCGCAUCGGCCAGCUGCAGUCGGAUCAAGCUCUCGGAUCCGACGCCGAAAUGGGCCAUGGAGGAAAUGCCGCUGCCACGUGUCAUGGGGGACAUGCUGCUGUUGCCGAACGGUGACGUCAUCAUCCUGAACGGCGCGGCGAACGGGACGGCGGGGUGGGAGGACGCGAUCAACCCGGUUUUGCACCCGGUGCUGUACAAGACCUACGAGUCCGACCCGAGACGGCGGUUUGUGGUGCUGAACCCGACGACGAUCCCCAGAAUGUACCACUCCUCGUGUUUGCUGCUGCCCGAUGGCAGAAUACUAGUGGGCGGGAGUAACCCCCACGAAAUGUACAACUUCCGGCGAGGUUUCCCGACUGAGCUGAGCCUUGAGGCGUACCUUCCACCGUACCUCAGCCCCAGCUUUGCUGCUAUGCGCCCUACGAUCAUAUCCAUCGAGGCAAGAGAGAACAUCGUAUCGUACGGCCAGGAAUUCUCCGUCAACUUCGGGUUGUCAGUGUACCGGCCUGACGUGGCGAUAUCCGCCGCGCUGGUUGCGCCGUCGUUCACGACGCAUUCGCUGGCAAUGAACCAGAGGUUGGUGGUUUUGGAGGUUGCGAGUCUGAAGCGUUUGUCUGUUUUCGAUUACAAGAUGACGGCGCGGGGCCCGCCUUCUGCCACCGUGGCGCCACCUGGGUUUUACAUGUUCUUCAUUGUCCACGCUGGAGUCCCGGGUCAGGCCCUGUGGGUCAAGGUGCAAUGAAUGCAGCUGAGGUUUAGGGUUUUAGGUUUUGUAUUUUUGG